AUGACCAUUCCAUCAGGUACAGUCGAACCCCCGAAGGACGAAUGGCUCGACGAUGAUUUCGACUUUCCCGAUGAUGAGGCGAUCCGGGCCUCCGAUGCCGAGGACGGUACUGAAGACGAGGACUGGGACGUUGAGAUGGACCUGGGAAAGACUGGAGGAGCAAAAGCAUGCUUCACCACGCAGGGAGACACAGCGCCCGAGGCGCAGCCUGCAAGCGAGCCACCAUGCGUGUUCACUAUCCGUCCUCCGAUUGCUACGCCUGGCGAUGACGAUGAAGAGGAGGACGAGGGCGUGUCCACUAUCAAGGCGGCAGCCUUGCCCAAAGUCUUCUCCAAACAUUCUCCUCCUGUUGACGAGGACUUUGAGGAUGCAUUCUCUUUACCAUCGGAUCUUGUACAGCUAUCUCUACGUCCGAUUUCUCACCGCUCUUCCAAGGCGUCCAUAGAGUGGGGAGACAAGGAUCAGACGGUAUCAUCUCAAUCCUCGGACACGUUCUCUUCUCUAGGUUUUGCAGAAAAUGGGUCAUCCAACUGCACCUCCGCACCAGACACAGAUACAGAUGAAGACGAAAAGGUGGCUGAGGACGAGCUCGAUGGUCUGGUGGUUCCUACCGGUCUGUUUGAGUCCGAAUCAGGGGGGAAGGAGCUAGCCAAACUGCUCGAGUCGAAGAAGCGAAUAACGUUCAGCGACGAAGACAUCAAGAUCGCUAGCCUUGAUCCCGAAGACGACUUUGAGGCUGGCCUCAUUAUUGACCACGAUGUCGAGCUCAGCUCUAGUCGCCUUUUGUUGACUACGGAAAACGUGAAGCGUCUCGGUCAAGCAAAUACGCGCUGUAAGAGUGCACCGCCUGUACCUCCCCCCUCCUUCCAUGCAUUCUCCCGGGUAAGAGACGACCGUUCAAGGUUCGCGAGGACACCUCCUGUAGCCUCAGUCCAACAAUUGCGCAAACUGACAGACUCUCCCGCUUUCUCCCGCCCAUCGCCAUUCAUCCGCUCACAGACUUCGGUUCCUUCCACUCCCCUGAUGUCAGGAGGUCCAUUCGCUCCGCCAAGGCCGCUUAUCUUACGGUCGCAGAUAUCACAUACUAAUCUAAAGGCGUCUUCCCCGACGUCUUCACGACAGCUUGGGCGCAAGGCCUCGCUGCCUUCGCUGUCAGAGGCGAGCAACCAUGCCCAGCCGUCAGGGUCCGGGUUUAGUUCCACUGUGGCGAGCCAGACUGGUUAUAAUGCACCUACUGCGUCCUCGCGCGCGAAGAUGCAACCGUCUAGCUCGGCCGGUCGGACACGGUCCUCGGAAUUCCUUGCGCCGCAGCCCGUGAAGUUGACAACUCUCUCAUCGGCGCCCUCUGCUCUGCGUUUAAUUAUGCCUACAGCUUCUUCACGGCUUAAGUCACGCUCGUCCGUGUCAUCGGUCUUGAACACGCCGACAAGUGCUGUUCUGCCAUCUGCGACGUCUCGGCCAUCGUCGCGGCCACCUUUGGGGAGCUCCACGAGGUCGCAUCAGGCACCUGCACAAGUCCAGGGCCCAUCGCUGAGCGCGCCCAAGAUGCUGAAGCGUCCGAAGCGCGCGCAAACAUUUGGCGAUGGGACGGAGUUGGAUGCAUUUGAAGACCUCCCUCUCGACAGAGAGAGGGAGGGCCACUAUAGUGUGCAGCCAAAGAGGUACGGCAAUUGCGUGCCUGGCAUAAGCUACGCGAAGGUGGUCUCCUCCGGCGGCUCUGACAAUGGUCCGACGCGUAGGGUAGUGAAGCGGCAGUUGGAGAGCACUGCUGAGGGACCCAAAUGCUCUACCUCAACUACGAAGACAUUGAAACGUACUGGACGUCUAGAGAUUCCGCGGAAACUUGAGUCGGAGCAACCAGCAAUCCAUUCCAAGCAAACAGAUUCCCCGUCUGGUGUCAGGAAGAGGAGGGUCAUGACUCCGCCUUCACAGACGCGCAAAAAGCCAACACUCAUUAGGAACCUGGGCGGUGUUGGUCUACCAAAAGUCAUCGGAGACAUGAAAUGGAAUCCCAGUACAAUGCGCUGGGAGGGCAACGAUCAAGCAUUACGCGACUUUGACAACGCGUCUUCAAUCCGCCCUGCGCUCAUCACUCAUCUCACUGGCUCAUCCAGAGGUUCCCCAAAUAGACCAUCCGCCGCGGGCGCGCGAGUAGUCGGUAACAUGGUAUUUGACCCUGCACGCAUGUGCUGGAUAUCCACUCUCCCGGCAGAUGAGGACGAGCCCGACGUCUUCGCGGAUCUCGCGGACGACGAGGACGACGACUGGGACGCGAAGUGCGCGACAAUCCGUCCGAGCCAAGGCGUGUCCGGCGGUGCUCUGUUUAGCUCGCCGAAUACCGACCCUCCGAGCCCGUCGCGCAGGUUCUCGCUAUCUGGGAGUGAGAGCGAUCGGUGUUCCCGGGCGUCGAUGGUGUGCGAUGUGGACGAGGCUUUCAUCGAGAGCUGCCGUCGUGCAGAGGAACGUCAUCGCACUGAGAUGAAGAGCUGGUUGUCGUCGUCGCGUCCGGAAUUCGAUCGGUCAUAUCUAUAUGAAAUUCGUGCCCUGGCUACUCGUCAACACUAG